AUUUAACGCAUACCGAUAACAUGGACGGAACAAAAGACAGAGAGACAAGACGGGUACUAUCCAUGAUUAAAUGAGUGAUAAUGCAUGACUCGGGAGGUACUAGUAGCAGACCUAGUUGUAGUCGUCCCGGAAAGAAAGAUGUUGUUAUAUGUAAUAUAUAAUUUAUAUGAAUAUAUAUCCAUUUGAGGGGGCGAGGGGUACGACCUGGACGAGUAGAAGACCUAGAAGUUGUGCCGGUUGAAAGAAUUGAUACUGUCUUGUUGCAUGAAAGCUACUCAUUUGAACAUAACAAGACGAGAGCGUCCUCAGUCCUCUCAGAGUACACCACGCUUACCACCUUAUAUCGUGAUAGGAUCCUCAGAAGUCUUCUCAGACACGUAUCUCACGCUUACCACGUUAUUGCAUCAUUAUGAUCUAUUGUCGCCUCGUGUCUUGAUUUCGAUCAUGAUCACACUCAGACUCUGUCUCUACGGGUUCUAUGAGCAGUACUAUCAGGGGCAUGCGCGUGACAUCUUGAUGGCUAUCAUAGAUACUACUGACAAGGCUAUGCUAGCUUUGUCCUUAUCAAGGUGAAAAAAAUCUAGUCCCUUCACAUUAUGAACUAUAAUUAUCGUUAUGAUCUAUAAUGUUCGCCACCUCAUCAACAUCUUGAAGAUUCACCAAAUCAACUACACAGUUAGUUUUAGUAUGUGCAUUACUGCUUCUUGAGACUUAUGCCUAUGCUUCCGUCACGACUUAGGAGACACUUCGCUAGAGCCAGUAUGUGAUGCGGCUCCUUUUUAGGUAGUUCGGCUUUAAUUUUGACUAUAACACGGAGCGAACGCAUGACACGAAAACAAGAGCCGCAGGUCGUCUUUCUAGUGCUUCUACCCUUCUACUUAUAGUUCAAACUUCAUCAAAAUGAAACGCCAGGUCUUCGUGCCCGAGGUUCAGUAUAGCUACGUGCAUAUUGUGAGCAUUUCAUUAUGACGAGAGGGUGCUCAUAUCACGGAUCUGAACUACAGCACUUGCAAUGCCAACUAGUACUUGUUACUCCUACCUUCUACCCCUAGAUGCAGUAGAUCAUUUAUGUGAAGAGACAAGCCUACCCUCUAUCUCUCCACUUCACCAUCUGAUUUCAUUUUUAGCGUUGCUUCGAUCUAGAGUCAGAGUCUCCACAAUGAAUAUUAUUUCGCUAGUCCUCGUCCUCUAAUUUGGCCUCAUAUCACGAACAACUGGUUCGGGUGGGCCGCGUCAGCCUGUGCCUGCUUAGCAAUGAAAAAAGACGGUAGUGGCACAGUACAGUGGAAGCAGCUUGGCGCUAUCAAAUUACGAGCGCAAUUGUCUAUGUUGUACUUUGCAUAUCCUAGGACAACUAGGAUUGUACUAUAUUGAAUUCCCGUACUUCUAGCCAUUUUGGUUCAAGGGAUCUAGCAACCCUUUCUUGUUUUUUUAUUGUUGUUUCUUGUUCCUAGUUUGCUUCUGCUUGCUUGUUGUACUUACGGACUGAUGCUUGGAUUCUUUCUGACACACACACACACACACGCGUAAAGAAACAUAACAACAACACAUACAGUCGUCGUAGCGGUCUUGUAAAGUGUAGUUCCCUAUUUGGCUGAACUGGCGUAAAGACUACAAAUAGAAUUGUGAGUUAUUGAAGAGAAAACAGGAAAGAAAGGUAAGACGCGCUUAAAUAGAACCAAGAAAAGAAAGGUGACAGACUGAUCCCUGGCUAGGUCGGACACACUUGUGAUUGCGGUCUGACACGCAAUUACAGGUUACUGGUUAUUAGCAAACUUCGAGGAGCUGGCGGCAAGCAUCUAGAAGGAGGAACGCCUUGACUCCCGCGGUGCCCUUGGUCCCAGCGGUGGAGCAGCGUUUAGAGGAUGCCCAAGUUGAAGAGUGACAUGGGCGCGGGGCGACGCCCCCCCCCCUAGCGGGGGGGGCGGGCGCCCUGGACCCCUUUUUGAGGCGUCUGCCGGGGGAGGAAGGCCUCAAAAGGGGGCCAAGGGGCCACCCCCGGUCCCUUCCAGGAGCUUUGUGCCCCCUGGAGGCCUGGGAAGUAGGUGGAAGGCCUCAAGGGGGGGCCAAGGGGCUCGCUGCCUCCUUUUCGUGUGCAUGUACCCUACAGACUGGAAGGGUUAGAGGGCUCGAGGUGCCUACCUGUGCCCUCAGUGCGUCCGCUAGGCUUCGCUGCCGCAGCAGUGCACCGGAAGGCCUCCGAAGACGGCAAAAGGCGAGGGGCUGGACCCCCUGAGCCGUGCCGCCUGUACCCUCCGGGCCCUUGGUCAUCGGCUUGCUUGCUCUUGCGACUGUGGCCCUUAGGAACACGCCGAGAGGCCCAAGGGGAGGCCCGCGCCAAGUUUUGACGCCUUCCACCACUAGAAUCUGCGAAAAAUCCGCGCGGAAAAGCGCGCGGGCGGGCCACCACAGACCAGACCACAGGGGCGGCCGUUCGGCCCUGAGUCAUAUGUGGGGGGAGAAAGGUCUUCAGAAAUUAUACCACCCCGGACAAGUUCGCCGCUAGCAGAAAACACGGCGGUCAAUCCUCCCGUGCGGUCUCCGAAGCACGUCUCGUGGUGGAGAAGGUCGCCGAAAGGCAUGCGGGUGCGCGCGCAGCGAGGCGCUGAGACCAUCGAGCGCUCGUUGGCCGUGCCCGGCAGCGGUAAGAUUAAUUGGCAGGACUCCCACGAUGCUCAAUGAAGAUUCCAGCCCCUGGAGAGGUACGGGACCACCAUGAAGGAAUGCCAGCGGUUCCGCAGAGAACUGCGGUCGCUAGGGCACACUGCGCGUGGGUGGGCGAGGUGGAAGGCUGCAGGCAUGGGCGAGGUCACGUCGCUCGAGAAGUUCUGUGCAACACAGGUCCCGCGUGAUACCGGUACCACCAUGAAGGGACCAGUGGCACGCGCAACACAGGUCCCGCGUGAUACCGGUGCGGAACGUUGAGGGCCGAAGAGACUAGGCGACAGCGUCGAAGGAGAAGAAGCUGUUGGCCUGUGCUGCGGCCAUGGUUCCCGGUGUUGAACAGAUGGAGGAGAAGGCCGAGGCCUUGAAGGCGUGCGUUACUUAGCAGGUUCGAGGUCAACAACAUGCAGAAGGUGACGUCGGUCAGUGCUGCGGCCUGGGAUCUGGCGGUCGCGAAGCGCGGCGAUCAGAAGGAGAGGAAGAAGAAGAAGAAAACCAGCAAAAGAAAAAGUCAUAGCACUCACGAGAAGGGAGGCGGCGAUGUUUGGGAGUUUAUCUGACUUGCAUGCUAAAAGGCGCGCAAAUCAUGUGCGAUCAUGAUACGCCCACGGCGUAGUCAUCACAAGCAGCUAACCCAACUCGCAUGGCCGCUUCCUGCGAGAGUGUGCUGGCUCGUCUGUCUCUCUUGCAUUAAGGCCCCAGGCUGUGUCCUAUCUUAAGGCGCUUGGGGCGAUUCAUGGCGCAGUGGUGGAGAAGUGUGCGAAUUGGAGACUGCCGACCCUUGCCGACCAAAAUGUCACAAAAAUAAAUCAAGGAGAGAAUGCGAGAUGUGUUUCGGUCACGGAGAGGAGAGGAAAGAUCCACGCGGACAUCGGUCACUCGGCAACGACUUUACUCAGGUGGGCCGCCUGCCUCGGUGCUCGUUGUAGACUUGAUACAGGUCACCUAUCAUCCUCGGAGUCGAGCAGGUGCCGGUGGGGCUCGAUGUGCAGGAUCCAUAACCUAGCCUAACCAGUACUCCUAGGACAACGACAGUUCCUGGGGCGACCAUCGCCACUAGGUGGAGCAAGUCUAUUAUUUCUUAGGCUAUGUAUGAAAUAUGUGUAUCCUCUCCUAGUAGUUCGAAGUCUUCACUGCUCUAGACAUGAAGUACUACCACGUCUUAGACUUGUGCGUCCCAUCAGGAUUUUUUCAGGAAGAACUAUUUCGUGUUGCCGAUGGAAACAGCUGUCAAAGCAUAACUUCUGCCGAUCUGGUGCUCAAUGCGCAGGGCUGAGGCGGGGACCCCCCUAGAAAAUCAAAGCCUAAAUCUAGUGGUGACCAUUUCAGAGGUGCAAUGAUGAUGAUGAUGAUCAUGAUGAUCUUGAUGCCACAUCAACAUUUGCGCUGACUUGCAGGCGCAGCUAAGUCUUAGACUUCUUGUGUCAUCAUCUAGUCUUACUAGCCCUGUUCUUCCAUCUUCUGCUUCUGCCCUUCCAAAUCGAGGAACCUCUCUUCUAAUAGUGUGGCUACCAUUAUUCGACGAUAAUCCGCCAUGUCCGUACAUUAUGGUGUGAAGGGGAUGUGACGAUGACCAAUAGUCUGUCAAUCGAAAGAUUUAUUCGAAGACUUGAAAUAAGCAAGUUACUGACUGAAGUAAGAGAGUCUACUUGACUACACUCUUCUUUUCAGUAGUUAUAUGAAACGAAAAAGUGUACUCAUCCUCAAGAAAGUGGGCACUUUCUAAGUAGGAAAAAGCCCUCUUUCCUUGAGUAAGAGUAUGAGUACACUUUUUUCUGUCAUAAGUAUGAGUACACUUUUUUCUGUCAUAAGUAUGAGUACACUUAUUUCAGUUUAUCGAAUACUAUGAAAGAGGAACUACAAGACAAAGAGCAGGGAGUCUUCGUUGCUAGGUCUGUCCGUGAAAUCGGAGGCAAAUGACAUAACAAGGGAAAAUCUCCACGUUUCGCCGCUCUAAGUAUGAAAUUUCCCAGGACUCGAAGAAUUAGGGCUUUGGGGAAUCCAUCGUCAGAAGCAUCUUGGGGCACCUCUCUAAGGGAAAAGCAGACAUAACAAGAUGACUCUCCGGAUGGAUUUUGAGAAGAUCUAAUCGAGACUGUACUUAAGGCAAGAACUGAGAAAGCUGCCAUCAAGGCUACAUUGCAUUCGCAUUAUCGCAACAUGAACAUACUCCGAGGCGCUUCUUGCAAAUACAUCCCUGACGGUACCUCGGGAGGUUUAACCUUCUUAGAUAAUUGAUCCUAUCCUAUCGAUCUUGACGCUGUAAUAAUCCUCCGUGCUUUAUUUUCUGAGAAGCGAUGAAUCUUCUACUAGUACAAUUGCUUCCCUCUUUGGUUGGCUUUUCCCUUUCCAGCGACGCUCAAAGAACAUGAGUCCUCCUUUAAUCUGCAAAGAUUUUCAUGGUGAGAAAUGUACACGAUUCUUGGUUCACGAUAUGCGGCAAUCCUUGUUAAGGCUGUACUACAACUAGAAGCAUUUCUUAGCUAGAAAUUGAAAUUUUUCAUCUUUGACUGCAGCUGCAAGAACCUUGAAACAAACGCUGUAGCAAGCUAAUUCAUCUUUGAGUGGGAGGUGACUGCAGCUGGUGCAUUGUUGAAAGUUGAAACACAGUAUGGGUGACUGCAGCUGCAUCACUGUACCCCAUGAAUGGACUAGAUGCUACUACAGGGAAAUAUAAUGCAGCCUUGUCUUGGGACCACACCAGCGACUUCGUAGAAAAAGACCUCCUCCGCUUCCUUGCACACUACCCCCAUAUUACUUGCUCAAGAAUCAGUAGUCAGUCGGUCAGUGAGUCAGUCAGUCAAUAAAUGAAUCAACGACCACGCAGCUGAAGGAGGGAGCAUGAUGCGGGUCGGAGAGCUCUAACCUUGUCCCGUGAUCCUGCAGCACCAGCUUAAGGUGGAACAGCUAUUAUAGUGAAUUGAUUACUAACUUAAUUAGUAACUACUUAAAAAUUAGUAAGUUAAUUAGUAGGAGUAGCUCGUUCUCUUCAUACUCAUACUCAGCGUUUCUUCUUGUUUGAUGUUUUUUAUCACGGAGCUUCUUCGGAAUACACUGUUGGAACACCUGCGUUCUAAUUAUUAAGCAGCUCUUUUCUGCAAAACAAAGAGAAAGCAAGCGGGGCCACAGAGGACUCAGAAGGCACUUCUCACAAGAACGGCCGGCAAUUGUCGUCAUUGUCAGCGUCGUCUCCUGUUAUUAAGCCCUAUCGAUGAUAGAGAUGGAAAAGAAGUCUUCAGACGAUCAUCUUGUAGAUGAGCGAGCAACACAAGUUCAAGUCGCGAGAACAAUAUAAAGCGUGCAUUUUUUUCCUGGUGAUGUACUCAUGUUUUUAUUUUUAGGUUCCUACGUACAACCACCUGGGCCAGCAUCUACUUAGCUACUUUAUUUCGAACAUCAUGAGUGACCACGACUAGUACCAAGUCCCCAGGUGACCAGGUGGACCACCAGCUCGUCGAGCUGUUCUUCUAAUGUUCGAAGAGGACAACAGCAGACUUUGGAUACUACUAGGCCA